UUGCUGUCUUUAUUUGAACUGCUGUCAAGUGAUUUUAAGGAGUGAAGCAUCCCCAGUUGUGUGAAGAUUUUCUGGAAAUCUUAAGAAAGGAUUUCAAGAUAUCGAUUCAUCUUUCUUUGCAAAAUUGACAGUAUUCAAAAAUGGCCAUAAAAACUUUUGUCUAUAAUCCGAGGCUAUUGGUCUUAUGUAUUUUCUUAUUGAAUCUAACCAUAAGCAUUUCUGAAUCGAUAACAAUGAAAAAUCGCAAUCGCAAAAAAGUAGCUAAAGACACAGAAGCUAAAGACAUUAACGUUUGCGACAUCGAACAGGCAGAUAGUCCACUUUACUGUUACUGCAAUGAUAAUAAGCUAGCCAGUGCCGAAGAUGCCAACUGCCUUAUCUUCAACAAACUCGAGCUUCAAGAUCCCAUCUGGGCGCAUUUUAAUUCGCAGAUGUACAUCAAGAAACUAAGUUUCGUUGUUAAAAGUGACGGUAGUAUUACUUACGUACCUACGGCAGUAUUCCGGCAACUAAAAAGUUUGAACACCAUAAGCUUCCAACAUGCUAAAUUAGAGGCUAUUGAAAGUCAGUCGUUCGCUGGUUUACCUACAGUUUCAACGAUUAAUCUCAACAAGAAUUCUAUCAGUAUUCUGAAGUGGCAUGCCUUUGAGGGUCUGAGAAACUUGACAGUGCUCAAUCUGGACGAAAAUUUCAUUGCAGAACUUAGCAGAGAUAUUUUCUACGACAUACCAAGACUACAGAAGCUCUUCCUAAAUCAUAAUAAUGUCUCUCUACUUCAUGAAAAAGCUUUUAAACAUCUGCCCUCCCUACAAGAACUCGAGCUUAAUAACAAUAAGAUAUCGGUACUGACAGGCGACAGCUUCCAAGGUUUGCGAAUGCUCCAACGCCUAGAUUUGCGUAACAAUGUUAUAACAAUGCUGGGUGAUCGCUGUUUCAUCGAGAUUCCGGAUCUACAGGAGCUUGAUCUUGAUCAAAAUAAGAUUAAAUUUAUAUCGAAUAAAGCGUUGGAUGGACUGAGGAAGCUAAAAAAAUUGAGAAUCAGCGAAAAUAGACUUGUCACUUUAGAGCCGGACUUCCUUGUUGGUGCUCCAUCUCUAAAUCUUCUCGAUCUUCGGGAUAAUUCCUUGCGCACAAUGACUUUCGACAAUAUCAAACCCGUUAUUACGAACUUCUAUAAUAAUUCCAGCUACUUCUAUCUUGAUGGUAAGUACGAAGAUAAUAAAUAUUUCAACGUUAUGAUAGCCAUGUUGCAAUAA